AUGCUUCUCGCUCCUCCCCUUUGUUUUUCGAGGAUGAGCCCCCCCCUAACAUCCCUAGAUAACAUACAACCCAUCAAAAUGGCCCCCUCCGCCGUCACCCCUCCCCAGAAGCCCGCCGUCCUGGCCACCCACCCUCUGAAGUCGGUCAACCUCGACAACAAGACCGACGUCACGCCCACCCCGGCCAUCAAGGAUGACCUCGCCGCCCUCUUCAACAACUGGGACUCGUUCACCUUCGCCCCCAUCCGCGAGUCCACCGUCUCCCGCGCCAUGACCCGCCGCUACUUCAACGACCUGGACACCUACACCGAAUCCGACAUCACCAUCGUCGGCGCCGGCUCGGCCGGUCUCUCGUGCGCCUACGUCCUCGGCACCCUCCGCCCCGACCUCAAGAUCUCCAUCCUCGAAGCCGGCGUCGCUCCCGGCGGCGGUGCCUGGCUCGGCGGCCAGCUCUUCUCCGCCAUGGUCAUGCGCAAGCCUGCCCACCUUUUCCUCGAGCAGGUCGGUGUUCCGUUCGAGGACGAGGGUGACUAUGUUGUCGUCAAGCACGCCGCGCUCUUCACCAGCACCAUCAUGAGCAAGGUCCUUCAGAUGCCCAACGUCAAGCUGUUCAACGCGACGACGGUGGAGGAUUUGAUCACAAGGCAGGACGAGGAGACUGGGGAGGUGAGGAUCGCGGGUGUGGUGACCAACUGGACGCUGGUGAGCAUGCAUCACGAUGAUCAGUCCUGCAUGGACCCCAACACGAUCAACACCAACGUUGUCGUUUCCAUGACUGGUCACGACGGGCCGUUUGGCGCUUUUAGCGUCAAGAGACUGGUCAGCAUGAAGCAGAUCGAGGAGCUGGGCGGGAUGAGGGGGUUGGAUAUGGGCAAGGCUGAGGAUGCGAUUGUGAAGAGGACGAGGGAGAUUGUGCCUGGGUUGGUGGUUGGUGGUAUGGAGCUGAGUGAGGUUGAUGGGGCCAACAGGAUGGGCCCUACCUUUGGUGCCAUGGUCCUCUCUGGUCUCAAGGCUGCCGAGGAGACCCUCAGAGUCUUUGACCAGCGCAAGGCCCAGAACGAUGCCGAGCUCUAAGAUGCUCACAUGACGACCUUGAGCAGACAAACAUGGACAUGCUCGGUGGGAACACAUAUACACACGGCAGGCUGAAGGGGAGGUGCCACGUUCCUUGAGAUUUAGUUUUGGCUUUGUGACCUACCUACCUACCUUGGUCGCCCACAGACAGAUUGUGUGUGCUACACGUACAUGAAAUGGGUAUCACUUUAUGAUCAGUUGCUUCAUGUUGUCCCCAAUGCAAGCGGUGAUAUCAACGUUUCAGAGCCACCAGAUGAUUUGCCACCCGAGAUUCUACCUUGGUCAUCGAAUUUUUGACGAGAAGAAAUAUUAUUACAGC